UAAGCAGCCACGCCCGGAAUCCAAACUGAGCGCAACGUUCUGGCUCAGGGAAACCUCAAUAAGUUCACGGGUGCGCCUCCAUUUUGACCCCUUUUGAUUUAAAAGCAUAUCCUUCGAACCCCACCACACUCCAGCAGAAGAGGCUGACUUUUAUCAGGGGAUGUGGGCCAAACAAAGGCACAGAAGAGGGUGAUGUCACCACAGCUUGUCCCUCUCCGACACAAUGUCCCGUUCAGCUGUUGUUGGUGUCGUCGUGGCCCCCGGGGGGACAAUCGCGCCACUGUCCCCCGUCCCCGCGGCGAGGCGGUGGGCGCCUACGUCGGCCUCUGUCCAUUCACGCGGACACAUGGGUGGUAUGUGGCCUUCCCCGGCCCACGUCGCGCUGUUCAACGAGAGCAUUAUGUGACCACGGGGGCUGCAACCAUCCAGCCGUAGAAUCCCGCGCCGCUGCCCGCAGCCAGCCACUCGCCAUUCCAGAGACCGGGGGGGGAAAGCAACAGAACUGCGAGCUCUGCAUGAGUGUGCGAUGCGCCGACGCGACGACUGAGCCCCAGACUCUGCCUCGACACCUGGGUCCAGACCGCCAAGAUCAGCACCACCGCCACCACCUCCAGCACCAGCACCGUCAUAACCGGCUCCCCAAUGGGCAACACCAGCAUCACAGAGGGCAAGACGGCCCUCUCGCUGGGCAGCACCACCAUCAAGAGGGGGAAGACCAAAAUCGCCAUGGGGAGCUCCUUCAUCGCACGGGGCCGGAAGACCACUUCCCUGGGGGCCUCGACCAUCACCAGCGGGAAGACCAAGAUCGCCCUGGGGGGCGCCUCGUUCAGCCGGGGGACCACCACCACGUCGUUCCGGAAAGCCUUCUUCCCGAAGCGAGCCUCCAAGACCCUCUAGAGCCGGGGGUUCCGAGGGACAGGGAGGGGAGGCCGGGAGUGGUUUUGACGACACAUAGACGACGGGGACAAACAGGACGACGCCAUCACAAGGGACAUACAGACGCUGCCGGGACCACUGCCGAGGGCUCACCACUGCGGACUUCUGAAACUGGAUUACGUUGUCAUUGGGAACCUUUGCUCUUUUAGAUCAUGCAGGAAUUUCUCAAGGAGACAGGUUCCCUGUGACAACACCAGCGGCGUUCGCCCAGUCAUGGACCUCAGCAUGAAUAGCAGGAAAAAAAAAGGUGUUACUAACCCGCACACACAACAAAACGACUCCCACCGCACACACAGAUCACACAGUAAAGCGCCGCUUGUGGCCAGAAGUGAGGUUUAGCAUUUCAGUGAAGAUUUCCCCGGUUUAACCAAAGCUCCACAUCAGAUCUCCUCGAUUCAACCCCGUCUCAGAAAAAUGCUAAUUGAACCGGCAUGUGAACAACAGCAGUAUGCAAAAGUACUCCCCGACUCCAACAUGGGACACUGGAAGAGAUUUUAAAAAGGUGUUGCCCGUAGCAACUGCAUGAAGUGGUGUGAGAUUGUUUGUUAUUCUUUUCGGUAUGAGACAUUUUACAUGUGCUCACAAGCAGUAUUGAUUUUCUUCUUAUUCUACUGCUGUUUCUUCUGCGUUCUCUUUCAUUCUAAGAACGGUGGAAGGGUGCAUAUUUCUUUUAAUUCUUCUUUAAUUCCUGGCACGUUGUCCCAGUGCAACAACUUGUUUACAAUGGUGUUGCAGAUUCAGCAUGUCCAAAUGUCCAGUACUGUAUGUGUUCCGCACUUCUAUUGUUUUUGUUUUACUCUUGAUAAGAAAAACGUGUUUUAGGUUUUAUGGGAUUACUGAUCAGGGAUCUGUCAAGGGAGCAUAAAGUAGAUCAACUAUCCCAAAUGAGUUAACGACAUUUUCAGCAAACGCAUUAUACGAUUGCUGACAGUGUCGUUAACUAAUUUCGGAUAGUUGAGAAAUCUGAAAAAUGGGACUGCAAUCGCAGUAUAUCUUAAUUAUAAUCCCCCAAUAUAAAAACAUAAAAGCCAUUUAAAAACCCUUGCGCUAUGCCUCAAAUCUCCUGAAAUGAUCAAAUCCAAUGAAGUGAGAUACAGGAAAAAAGAAUCCAGUAUAUCUACGUGUGUUGAUGUUGUGUUAAUGACUAUAAUAGUGGGGGAAUAUAUAGGUCUUUCUAUAUUAUUCUAUAUUAUGCGUACAUGUAUUAGAGAACGCAUUAGCCGUGCUAACCCAGGACUAACGCAGGCCUAGCUGAGCUCUAGUUAAACCCUUUUCUGAACGCAGCCCAGUCUCUGAGUGUAGCCUGUGUAUUACGGCGCUCCUCCUAGCCAAGCUGCUCUAUGCAAACACUGUCCCCAGGCGCCGGACACCCUGCCCUGGCUCCACGUCCGCCCGGCACAGCCCCCUAUGGAUACUAUUGUCCAUCUCUCACCGAGACUCAAAGAACACAGAAAAUCGCACCCAAAACGAAAUUGACUACUGGAAGUGAACCCAAGCUACUGUCAGUGGAAUGUGCUCGAGAUGAUGAAGAAGGAGGAGUGAGGGAGGGAGGCAUGUUGUUGUACCAACUGCCCGGCGGCCAUUUUGAGGGACAAGGGCUUGGGGGGGGGUAAGAGAUGAGAGAUGCAUGGAGGGGGGGGGUGGUCUGAAAUUCUAAUCAAUGUCAUGUCCUUCAUUAAACCACGCAAAAAGUGGAAGGAAUUUGUGUAUUUAAGCCUUACUGAUGUUGAAAAAAAAAUGCUUAAUAUUUAUUUCCGUCUCUCUUGUCGUAUACGUCUUCCUGUCUGUCCAUGUGUUUUACAUUUAAAAAAAAAUGCUCUAAGCCCGGUUAGUCCCUGAGAUCAAACUGAACCGAAUCGUUGUGCGUUUCCUAAUCUGUUGUUCGUGUCUUAAGUCUGUUAUGAGCCCCUUCGUGUUGAAGCCUGCUCAGUGUGAUUCUGUGUUUUUCUGUUCCACUGUAUGUGUAACUAAAGGCAAACCGUAUCUUGGACAGAGAGAUAUCGUAAUAAAACAAAUAUGUGCUUUA